AGAUCGUUUUGAUCAAUAUAUCGGAUUUACUAAGCUUUACACACGUAUUUCUGCUUCUGUUCAACUUUGUCUUGUGUUGGAGAAUCAAAGGCAGAUGGAGAUCCCGAGGUGGAUGGUACUGGUGCUCUGUUCAGUGUCUCUGGGUCUGUGCAACGCAAUCGAUUCGCCGCAGUACACGGUGGUUCACACGGAAUCGGACUUCGAGAUCAGACUCUACAGAGACUCCACUUGGAUGUCUGCUCCCGUUAAAGACAUCUCCUUCCAGAAGGCCACCAAACUGGGUUUCCAUAGGCUGUUCCAGUACAUCCAAGGUGCCAAUCUGAAUUUUUCCCGGAUUGCAAUGACAGCUCCAGUUUUGACAAGCAUAGUCCGAGAAGCUGGCCCCCUACAUUCAUCAGCCUAUUUAGUACGAUUUUACUUGCCCGUAAAGUUCCAAGCUAGCCCUCCACUCCCACUACCAGAGCUGAACCUGAAACCAUAUUCAUGGGACAGUCGUUGUAUUGCUGUUAGGAAGUUCUCUGGAUUUGCUAGGGAUAAUAACAUUGUUAAAGAGGCAGAGAAACUUGGCAUUAGCUUGAACAGAUCUCCAUGGGCAAAUUCAACUUCUUCUGAGAAAAGUAAUGCCUACUCGAUUGCACAGUACAAUUCCCCAUUCCGCAUUAUCGGGCGUGUAAAUGAGGUUUGGGUGGAUAUUGAUGCAUCUGGAUUAGAUGGCUGUAAAUCCAGUGGAUUAGCUACAUACUGAACUGUGGCAUUGGCAGGCAUGGCUGCUCCAGUUCCCCCACCAUGUGCUUGGAGCUAAUGACACAUAAAUUUACUGUGUUUUGAAAUAUCUGUCUGUAUGCGUCAAUAAACAUUUGUGCAGUAGACACGGCUCUUUUUUUUUUUGUAUGU